GAUAAGUUUUAUCAACAUUCCAUGUCAGAACACGAUCAUGAGCGGUGGAAGUGGAAUUUUACGAAGUACAAAUUCUUAUGUAACUCACUAAUUUGCUUUUAAAUAUUCCAAGCCACGUGUGAACAACUGGAACCUAACCGCUGAGAUUCUCCUACAAAGUGAUAGUUAUUUAGUGAAAGUCAAUACUCAGUCAUACUUAGUUUGUCUUUUUCGUUUAUGAAAUAUGGAUUUUUCCAAAGUACUUGCUGGCUAUGAGAAGUACCCUUACCCCUCAAAAGAGCUACAAUACGGCACUUCUGGGUUUAGAGAUAAAGCAUCAGUUUUGGAACAUGUAGCUUUCAGAGUCGGUGUUUUGGCCGGAAUACGUUCUAAAUACACUAAAAAAGUGAUCGGUUUCAUGGUGACAGCAUCUCAUAACGCUGCUGUUGAUAAUGGUAUAAAACUUAUUGACCCAGAUGGUGACAUGCUGGAAGUGACUUGGGAACCAAUUGCUACUCGUGUUGUCAACAGUGCCACUGAUAAAAUCUCAGACAUCGUUAACGAUGUCAUUUCAUCGUAUAAAAUAGAUACGUCUUUUGAAGGAGAAGUGAUCAUCGGCUGGGACACCAGACCUAGCAGCAUCAAUUUAGUGAAUAUAGCUUGCGAAGGAAUAGCCAGCGUUAACUCAAAACCAGUGAAAAUUGCUCUUUGCACUACUCCAAUUUUGCAUUAUUUAGUAAGAUGUAGAAACGAUUCGUCAUAUGGAGUUCCGAGUGUGGAUGGAUAUUACGAUAAACUUAUCGUAGCUUUUGAAACAUUUUGGAAAGAUGUGAGCAAUACGAAUGGCAAUUACUCUCCAUAUGUUGUCUUCGAUGGAGCGAACGGAGUUGGAUCAAUCGCGAUGAAAAAUGCAGAGACACGUAUUCGAGAUAAACUACGAGUAAACUUAUAUAACGAUUCUAUCAAUGAUCAUGAAAAACUGAACGUAAAUUGUGGAGCUGAUCAUAUUAAACAGGCUCAACAAUAUCCUGAUGGGUUACCUGAAGAACUUAACGUACGAUGUGUUAGUUUCGAUGGAGAUGCUGAUCGUAUUAUGUAUUAUUACUUGGAUGAUUCGAAAAAAUUCAAUAUUGUUGAUGGAGAUAAAAUGGCUGUUUUGUUUGCCACGUUUUUAAAAGAAAUUAUCGCCGAAACGAAAUUAAAUUCUACGUUUGGAAUCGUACAAACAGCGUAUGCCAAUGGCAGUUCAACUCGAUACAUUAAAGAUAAAUUGAACAUCGAUGCCGCUUUUACUAAAACUGGAGUGAAACAUUUGCAUCAAAAAGCGAUCGAAUAUGACAUCGGAAUAUAUUUCGAAUCGAACGGUCAUGGUACAGUACUCUUCAGCAAUAAAUUGAAAAAUGAAAUCGCAAAUGCCUUAAAAAUAGCCAGUGGCGAACAAUUGAGAGCUUUAAAUGAGCUUUGCACAUUCAUCAAUAUGAUCAACGAAACCGUGGGUGAUGCUUUAUCGGAUAUGUUAGCUAUUGAAACUAUUUUACAUGUGAAGGGAUGGAGUAUACAAGAUUGGAAUAAGUUAUAUGAUCCCGUGCCUUAUAAGAUGGCUAAAGUUACCGUUAAAGAUCGUUCUACUAUUACCACUACAGACGCUGAACGAAAAGCUGUCACACCUGCCGGAUUACAAAAAGGAAUUGAUGAUUUGUUGACUCGAUUUCCUUCAUCUCGAGCAUUCGUCAGACCUUCUGGAACCGAGGAUAUUGUCCGUGUUUACUCCGAAGCUGCUACUCAAAAAGAAGCUGAUGAAUUGGCUAUGGAAGUUAUGCGACUUGUGUAUGAUUUAGCUGGAGGAGUCGGUGAUAGACCGUGAUGCGUCAAUAUGCUGGUUUAUCUUUAUUUAUGAGCUUUUGUUACCUUUAUUACGUUUUUAUACAUCAUUUUAUACAUAUUUUGCCUUUUGCUGGUUAUUGUUUUGUUGAAUUUUAUAUCAUUUUUUAUCAUAUAUCAUACCUAUCGUUGAAUAAUAUCCUGGGCUCGAA